CCCUGUGCAGAUACCUCGGGUUCCUAAUCUGACCUCCCGAGGUCAGAAAUGAAUGUGCAUCCGCAUACGAAGUAUGUAUAUUAGGCGCCGGUGUACCCCCGAGAUACCUGAGAGAAAUGUAAGAGGUAUCUACUAGGUAGGUAUCUCCCCCAACUUUUUGUGUACCUGCCCAAUCUCAGGUCGAUACGUUGGUAAGGUACCUAAGUAUCUUAUGUAUUCACUUCCUGCUUGGUCUUCGAGCACUGAGUUCAUUUGAGAGAGGCUUGACCUGCUUGAAUGACGUGCCACUAAUGGGAGGAACGGGAGGCACUCUCAUCCACCCUAUUCGCGCUGCCCGUUUAUCCUCUCCGGUCUACUUACGCCUAUCGAUAUAUUUAAUAUAAAUACCUGCACCUACCAGACAUCGCAGGUCUGAUUCACACAUACCUCCAUCUUCUCCCCGUUUCUUUUCCGCCAACAACGGGUUGGACAACACAUCGCCACUAGAUCCUAUCCUGUAGUGACGUAUAACGACGGAUCUCAAGAUGUCUCAAUUAGUUCUCGACCAGCUCAUAGAGAUGGGGUUCGAAAAAACACGUGCCGAGCUGGCCGUGAAGAGAUCUGAUGGAUUACCGGAUGCCAUGGACUGGCUAGAGAAGACCGAGGGUACCCCGUUGGAGGAGCUCCUCGAGGAAGAAGAGACGGGUGCCAGUGUUACCAAGGUAGAAGAGGGUACAGUCGCACUGUCACUCGUAUGUAACGAAUGCGACAAGAGAUUCCGCACUCAGGGCGAAGCCGAGUUCCACGCCAAUAAAUCUGGGCAUACCGAUUUUUCCGAAUCGACAGAGGAGAUCGCCCGCCUAACCGAGGAACAGAAGAGUAAACGCCUACAGGAACUUCGUGAGCGCGUCAAGGCCAAGAAGGCUAGUCAGACUGCGGCAGAAAAGGAAGAGCAGAAGCGCAACGAGCAAAUUCGUCAAAAAGCAACUAGAGAGUCUCAUGAGCUGAAGGAAGAGCUCCAGCGCAAGGAGCAAAUCAAGGAAGCAGCCAAGAAGCGGCAGGAGAAGCUCGACGACCUCGAGGCUAAGAAGCGCAUCAAGGCUAAGAUCGAAGCAGAUAGGGAGGACCGUCGCCGCAAGGCAGAGGAGGCAAAAGCUGCAAGAGAAGGCAGAUCUAUCCCCACCCCCGCCCCCGCCGCUCCAGCAACUCUUCCCGCUACAGCACGUCCCGCGACUACUCAUAAUGAGGCUCGCUUGAGGCUACAAACGUCAAACGGUAACGUCAUGAAGACCUUGCCUGCGGACACUACUCUGUUCGAAGUCGCACAACUACUAGAGUCAGAGAAUGGCUUAGCCGUCACCAAGUUCGUCCAGAAUUUUCCCAGAAAGAUAUUUGAAGGAAGCCUAGAUCUCGGCAAAACCCUGAAGGAGGCGGGGUUGGUUCCUAGCGCGGCUCUCAUCGUGCAAUAAGCCUCUUGGGAGCAGACAGCGCCAACAUCGAGAAUUCAUAGCAACAGAGCUUCGGGGGUCGGGACGAAGACGCAGAGUUCGUGGCACGAAAGUUGGGCCACUC